AAUUUAAACUUCAAAAAUUGUUUAUGGCGCGUGGUUGUGAUGUGCCGAAGGAAGGAUUUGCGAAUUUUUUUGGAAUAAAUUCGCUUGCAGUGGCAGUGUAGUGUUUUAUAAUUUUUCAAGUAUUAAUGUCGUGACAGUGGAUAAAAAUGCAGUUCUAUAAAGAGAGAAUUCUCAACGCUGCACAGUUAAAAAGACUGAGUGAACACAAGUAUUCGUGUGUUAGUGCUAGUUUAUUGGAUGCAUGGCUCCAGCCAUGGUGGUGCUGGUUGGUGUCCAAAACGCCGCUGUGGCUCGCUCCGAAUCUCAUUACUAUUUUAGGUCUAAUAGUCAACAUAGUUACCACAUUAAUUUUAGUAUGGUAUAGUCCGGACGCCCGCCAAGACCCGCCUCGCUGGGCGUGCGCCCUGUGCGCUCUCGGAGUGUUCGUAUACCAGAGCCUGGACGCCAUCGACGGCAAGCAGGCGCGCCGCACCGGCAGCCAGUCGCCGCUCGGAGAACUCUUCGACCACGGCUGCGACAGCAUAUCGACGGUGUUCAUCGCGCUCGGCGCCUGCAUCGCGGUCAAGCUUGGCGAGUACCCGACAUGGAUGUUCUUCCAGUGCUUCUGCGCGAUGACGCUGUUCUACUGCGCGCACUGGCAGGCCUACGUCACGGGCACGCUGAAGAUGGGCCGCAUUGACGUCACCGAGGCGCAGUAUUCCAUCAUCGCCAUCCACCUCAUCUCCGCGACUCUCGGGCCAGACUUCUGGGCCAUGCAGGUUGGCGGUGCCAUGAUAGAGGCGCGGUACUCGCUGGCGCUGGCGGCGGUGGCCGGCGCCUGCCUCACCAUAGGCGCGCUCGGAGCCGCCAUCGCCACCGGCGGCGUCGGCAAGAACGGCUCCACAGUCGCAUUGCCGACUGUAAACGUCAGUCUGAUCAUGAUCUCGAACGUGGUGGUCAACCUCCUGGCGUUGUACCUUAUCUUCGGCUACGUAAAUGUGAUAAUGAAGGGUGGAGUGGGGAAAAACGGCUCGACGGUCGCAGGCACGAGCAUCCUCUCGCCGGUGAUUCCGUUUUCGUUCGUGGUGGUGCCGGCGUUCAUCAUCUUCCAGAAGAGUGAGUCGCAAGUGUACGAGAACCACCCCGCUCUGUACAUUUUGGCCUUCGGUAUGGUCGCUGCCAAAGUCACCAACAGAUUAGUGGUGGCUCACAUGACCAAGAGCGAGAUGGAGUACUACGACUGGUCGCUGCUGGGCCCGGCCAUGCUGUUCCUCAACCAGUACUUCAACAACGCGAUACCGGAGUACUACGUGCUGUGGCUUUGCACGAUAUGGGUGUGCACAGACCUGGUCCGGUACUGCGGUCAGAUCUGCCUGGAGAUCUGCGCGCACCUGCACAUCCGACUAUUCCGGAUUGCGCCCGCGCCGCCUGCGCAGGCGCCGCUGCCGCCCGGCCUCAACGCGAGCAGUGACAGCGAGCCGUCCGACACUGAGGACACCUCUCCCUUGGCGCCAAACUCUAACAAACACACGUACGCGUAUGACAAUGUGCUAAACAACAAUUUGUGAUUUUAAUUAUUCAUUUAACAUCGUUAGAUUAUUGUAGUUUUCAAUAUCUCAGUGUAGCUGAAACGAGAAUCGAAGUUGAGGAUAUGUUAUUUCUGUCUAGUAACAUAUUGCUAGUUUGACGUCAUAGUAGGGUACCUACAGGAUACUAGGUUUUUUUUUUGACAAAAAUGACAGAAUAAGUAGAUCCUUUGCUCUCGAAUUUAGUUUAAGCCGCGCUAGCUGUAGAAGAAAAACAUUGUUAUUUUGAGGAUAACCAUAUGAACAAAAACUAGUGCAUUGAGUUAGCAGGUACAUUAGUUUAUCAGCAAAACCAUUUACGGGAUAAUUUAUGUAAUUAAUUAGUUUGAUACACGUGUGUAUGUAAUAGAUAAAACUAUUUAAUUAACAUAAAAAAGCACGAAGAACAAAAUAGUAAGAAUUACACCGACACCUACUGAGUGUCAGCAGAUUUUUUUUACGAUUCUCGAAAAUCUGCUGUCCUCAAUGAACCUCGAUCAAACUCGAAUAAAAGAGCGAUAAUUAAAUACAGAAUCCAUAUUCAUCACUAAGAUUAUUAAUCUCUGAAGCACCCAGUAAGUAAUUAAAACAUGG